AUGGCUAACAGCACAAGCAUCACCCUUUCGUCUCUUCUGAACAGAAUGAUUCACCAAUAUCAGAGCGUUGUCUCCACCUCCAUCAAUGGCGGGAUCAAGUCAUUGCCAACCACCCCACCAUCUCCACCCUUUGUCCCCUUCGCCCGCCUCGGCUUUCUUCAGAUUGUGUUGUGGCUUUUCUCACUUGUUCUCUUCGGCAUGGGAUACAAGUACAUCGAACGAGAUUACAAGUUGUUCCUGUCAUUAGGACCCGGCGGCACUCCCUACUCGUUUCGAGGCUACACCAAACUCUCUUUGAUUAGUCUAUUCAAACUGCGAGAUCCAUACCGCGUCCCGGUCUUCCCUGCAAAGCCUCGACCAGCCAAUGGUUUUCUAGAAGACCUAAAAGCCCGUCAAGGUCCUCGUCCGCAAUUGCUUGGAAUUGCUCCACAGCGCCAGAUCACGCAAAAUCCUUCUCCAGAGAUGAUACAGAAGUUGCAAGAUAUGAUCCGCGAAAUGGUCAAUGAGUGUCCUUCUCGCUGGUAUAUUGCCAGAUCCAUGUUCGAAAAGCAUAACGAGGCGCUCUUCUCUAGAUUCAGAACGUCUAACGAGCCAGACCACUAUGUGGAGAUCGUCCAUUCGCAUAAGACCGAUGGUAGUAUGCAUCUUCACCUGCAUCCAGAGGAUAUGAAGAUUGUGUUAGACAAAGGCUGGGGAGAACGUCAUCCGCUCGCCCGUGGCACCACCUGGUGGUGGCAUUGGCCGUGUCCUCGUUGUUUCAUGAUCAUCUACGGGCCGAGGGACGAAGCAGAGCUCCAACAAAUUAAGAGCAUCAUCCGGGCUGCGGCAUGGUGGGUGAGUGGUGUUGACACCCGGAAGGAGAACGAGCUGCAGAAUGCUUUGGCCUCGGACUGA